GCCGGUUGUUGUCGCUCUCUGCUCUCAGUCUGUCUCUGACUCUCUGCAGCUCUGCGCGCAGACCCGCAGCAGUGUUCCUGAACGCUUUACGCGGAGGUUGAAUGAAUUGAACUUUUCCUCUGGAGGAUACUCGUUGUGUUGUUUCAUUGUGUGCUCUCUUGUUGUUUUUUUGGGACAUGACAGGAGGACAUCAGGACAUCAGGACCCUGAAUAUGUUUUGGAGUCUGGAGGAGAUGGACGGCCCGUCGGCUCCAAAGUGCUGAAGCUCUGUAAAGUCAUUCCUGUGUUUAGUGCGUGCAUCCCGGAGGAGUUUUGUGUGUCAUCAGGACCUUGAGACACACCCACGCACACACACACACACAGACACACUGAUGCUCAGCCUCUCCUUCUCACUGUAAACCUGGCAGACCUCUAAUCUCUAAAAGAUUGAUGAGGUUCAGUCCGGGCACAGGAGGCCUGGCACAGUGUCGAUAAGGCAGCUUUCAUUUCACCACAUUUUAUCCCCCUCUCCUCCUUUCUUCUCCUCUUUUCCUCCAUGCUGAGGGAUGCGGGGGCUGCCUUUAAAGCAUGGGAGAGGAUUAUGACACAACAAGGGGUGUGGAGGACGCUGUUUUGAACAGGAGCCAUGAAAUGCCGUGGAAAUGACAGCCACCCCGUGUUCUCCCGUUGCUCCGUGUUGGACGGCUGCAAGGUAGCCGAGCAGGACGCCAGAGACGGCAUGUCCCGGUCAAACUGCUGGAGCUGGGACGUAGUGAAGCUGCUGAGGGACACUCAGAGCUGAGGGUAGCUGGACGCGUAUCAGACACCUGCACACACUCAGAGCGCUUCACGCAGGACAAUGUGCAACAUCUCGUUCUGUGAUGUGGACAGUAAGGUGGACCAGUUCUUCCAGCCCACGCUCUACAUCAUCGUCAUUGUUCUGGGGCUGCCCACUAACUGCAUGGCCCUGUGGGCUGCCUACAUGCAGGUACGCCAACGCAACGAGCUCGGCAUCUACCUGAUCAACCUGUCAGUGGCUGACCUCCUCUACAUCAGCACUCUUCCUCUGUGGAUCGACUACUUCCUGCAGCAUGAUGACUGGAUCCACGGUCAAGAGAGCUGCAAACUCUUCGGCUUCAUCUUCUACACUAACAUCUACGUCAGCAUCGCCUUCCUCUGCUGUAUAUCACUGGACCGAUACCUGGCUGUGGCUUAUCCUCUCCGCUUCGCCAAGGUUCGACGGAUCAAGACAGCCGUCCUUGUCAGUGCCAUGGUGUGGAUCAUCGAGAUUGUAGCCAACUCCGCUCCCCUCUUCCACGACGAGCUCUUCCAGGAUCGGUUCAAUCACACCUUCUGCUUCGAGAAGUACCCCAUGCAGGACUGGGUGGCGGGGAUGAACCUCUACAGGACUUUUCUGGGCUUCCUGGCUCCAUGGACAGCCAUGCUCGUGGCGUACCGCGGGAUCUUGGCAGCGGUGCGCUGCAACGUCUCCACAGAGCGUCAGGAAAAGGCCAAAAUUCAGCGUCUGGCUUUGAGCCUGAUCCUGAUCGUCUUGCUCUGUUUUGGACCGUACCACAUCCUCCUCCUGGUGCGGAGCGUCAUGUUUCUGAGGAAACCGUGUGACUGCGGCUCAGAGGAGAGCUUGUUCGCAGCGUACCAUGUUUCUUUGGCGCUGACCAGCCUCAACUGCGUCGCGGACCCUAUUUUGUACUGCUUUGUCAACGAGGGAGCUCGGCACGACGUCGGCCGAGCUCUCUCUGCUUUAAUGUCUGCAGCCUGUCACAGACGCUCCUCUGCCUCGCCGUCACAUGCUGACAUACUGAACGCUGGCUCAGUCACGAUGGAGACGCCGCUGUCGGCUAAAAAGCAGCCUUGCGUGUACGCCGAGGGAGGAAAGACGAGCAGCUACAAGACUGAACUGGUGGCUCUGAAAGAGGAGUGUCUCCAGAUGACCAUCCUCAGUGUUAAGAAGUGACUUCUUCAGUUUAAGAGGUUCAAACAGCUCAGUGAGGCGGGCGGUGGAGGCUCCUGGUGGCUUCUGGGUAAUGUGGCAUGUCAGAUGAUUUGCGUGGGGUCUGUAAUAACGGCAAUAAAGAAGCCAGAGUGGGAAUGAGGUGGAUCCAAUACAGAAGACAUACAGUAUUGUUGGGUAGAGAGAAAGCUUACCACUACAUGAGCUGAAUAAAAAGCUGCACCUGAGGGGAGCAGCUGCAGACAGGUCCUGAGUAUAAGAAGAAGGGUUGUCCUGUUUUAAGUUGACCAUGUUUCAAACUGUAGUUUGCAAAGCUGCGCUGUGUUAUCAUUGAAUUCAUAGUGCAAUCAUCUGCUCAUUAGCUCCCAUCACUGUCAACACAUGAAGGAUCAGUGGAUCACCAGAAACCUCAGGAUGUAGCAUCAGCACACCCUGAGUCCAUGUUCCAGAUUUAACGCCAACCCGUCCAGAUGAUGUUGAGAUCACAUCCUGAACGUCUGGUUAACCUUUUAAAACACAACGUGACAACUUUGAUAUCUGGAUGAUUUCCAACAGUGCCACACGUUACUAGUUAGUCGUUUUUUGAAUAUUUAAGUGGAACCCGCUCUGCAUGGCUGAGUGGUCUGAGAGGAGACACCUUUGCAUUCAGACUGCAUGAACACUCAACUGGACCGAGGAAGGAUGAAGGAUGAAGGAGGCGGGAGUGUGACGCUGAAACGAUGUAGAAGAACAGUGUAAGUGUAAUAAAUGUGAUUGUAGAUUACAGGUCAACACAUUUUUUAUUGCUUGUGAUGCUCAGAGAUGUCUUUACUGUUCUGUUUUUGAUGGAAACGAUGAAGCCUUAUGAAGUACCUCAGCUCAUUAACUGCGAUGGAACGGUCUGGAGGAAGAGUCUCGUGUGUUUGUUAUUUUUUGCUUUCAUUUUUUACAGCAGAUGCAAAAUGAUGAUUGAACUGAGCUGACUGAAAGAACCAAAGCCUUUCACUGCAGCACUGCAGCACUGCAUGCUCUGAAGGUCUGAUGUAUCAGUUAUUAGAGUGUGAGCUCCGUGCAGCAGCAGAAGCAGUAGUGUGAUAGAACAGUGAAGCCACUUUAAAUGUGAGUGCAUGCAGUAGUGCUGUGAGGAUAUUUACAUGCUGGACGAUUAGACUUGUAGUGCUUUAUAAUCUGACGGCCUUUAACAGAACUCUGUGAGCAGAAAAAACAUCUCUUUACUGAAUCCUAACUUCAUGCUUGAGCUUUGAGAAAUGCUGCACAGCUGACCUGAUACUGUUUACAUUCCUAUUCAGACGGAUGCCUUUCAGCUUUAACAGUCUCAGCUCUAGAUGUGACGCGGUGAAGAGUCCUAAACACUGUACGGAUGUCAGAUGUAACCUUCGUCCCUCUUGAUUCUGGUGAAACUGCUGUCUGCUGACAUCUUCUAUAAAAUUCAGGACCCAAUUAAACACCUAAAGAAAUUCCACAAAGCCAAAACUUCAGAUCAGACUAAACGCUGUCUUGGAUUUCCAUAGAAAGCCAUACCCAGAGGUCCGAACAUGCAAUGACAGUUUAAAUGAUUUACAUACAACCUCACUGUUUAAACUGACAGCAGACAAGUCCACCCUUUGGUACCUGAAGCAGAGAUUCAGGGGAUAAGCGGCUAAAAGGUGCGUUUUGACCAAGAGUUCCGGGGUCUACUACUUUACCCUGAACUAAAAGGUUCCUGUGCCCCUAUUGUUGUCUGCGUUUCGACCGUGGGCUGAAGUCCCGGGUAGAUUGUGCAAAUCAAGCCAGUGACGUAUGGAGACUCAGCUGGCGCUGUUUUAGAUGGUGCUAUAUUUCAUCACAGAUGGAUUCACUGAAUCAACACGUGAGAGGAGAUAAGCGCGAGUAGCAAAGACGUUUCAACACAGCUUUGAAAACGUUGACUCAAAAAGCUGUGGCAGAGAUCGGCCGGUGUUCUGGUUUAAACCGCAACCCUGUUAACUGGAGACUCUCAGCCGGAUGCAUCCCUCAUAAACGUCUUUAGACGAUCAUUAAAUAUCUGAUGAGGAUAUUUUGAAAUCUUAAUAAAAACUAAACUAGUUUGCAUUCCCAGGAACUCCCUCUGUGUUUCAGCAGCUGUGUAAACUCCACAAACACUGACACGUUCAGCUGAACGUCUCCAGUUUACAGGGUCACUUUUAAAACCGUAACACCGAGAGGAGAGACCCAUUCACGGUGGGCUGAGAGAAGACUUCUGUUACAAGCUGCUAAAUCAAGAGAAUCACAGCUUCUUCUUUUGAAAAGUACACACACAUACAAAAAAGAUAGAACAAAUAAAAACUAAUGAAAGAAAGAGAAAUCAAGUGAAUCACAGAUGUGUGUGAUGUUAUUGUGGACGGCGGGCAGAAUAAAAACACUGCAGGUUAAUCUACCAAUCAGACACGUUCAGCAUUGCAGGCCCUGCCCCCCGAAAGCUCCGGGACCUUUGAAAAGUACUACCCCCCUAGCAGGGGCUUUUUAGGGGGAGAUUAACUACCCUGAAGUCAAUUUAGACCCUGGGUCCACCGGUCGAAACGCACAUAGUUCAGGGGUAAAGUUCCUCUGGUCAUAAGUCCACUUCUCUCUGCAGCCGUGAUAUCAAGUGAGGCCUGAGGUUAAAAAAUAAGAAUUCUUACAAAAUCUUUGGGUCCCAAAACUCUAAAACAGAUGUUUGAGUACUGUACAUAAAGUUCACUUCAUGCAGACUGAACUCCGCUGAGACAUCUUCAACUUCUACAUCAUGUCUGCAGCUCUAAGCAUGACCUUGACGCCUACUCACAGUUGUCAUGUGCAUUCAAACCUGGGGAAAGCGUCCCUGUUGUUUUGUGAAUCAGUGGUGAUAACAUUUCAUGCAGGACUUCCUGUUUUUUGUCCUGACUUACUGUAAAAACAUGCAAACAUUCCUUGUGUGGAGGCUUAAGGGACUUCAUUCUGUGCGCUGACUUCACGGUGACAAACAGCUGGAGUCCACGCUGAGAAAUCUGCAGAAGAAGGUCCAGGUGGUGUCACAUCUUUGCAUGUAAAUACUCCUCUGUUCUGUGAAACAAUGUCCGGCAGGUUGUUUUUGGACUUUCAGAUCCUCAGCGCUCCUCGACACGCUGCUCUGUGUAUCUUUGCUUCUGUUGUGCAUCAGUGCGUCAGUGUGAGAGAGGAGGUACCAGGCUUCAUAAUGUGUGUUUGUUCAAAUGUCAGUGAGAAAUAAAUUAUGCAUUCAGAA